AUGGCCUGGGCGCGCUCAAAAGUCGCGAUCUUGAGACGCGACAACCUGACGACACAAGGCUCCAACAAUACAUCGCAGCAAUGGUAUGCUCGAAUAAACACGUCCUUUGGAAGCGACCAAGGUGCAACGGCGUUGGGCGCGUCACAGAAAACAACAAAACGCGGCCGCAAGGCCAAUACUGACGCUGAAGCCGAUCGGCCCAGCAAGCGAGCCCGGAAAGAGGCCGAGCCAGAGCCAGAGCCACGACGGAGCCGACGCGACAGAAAUGUGCGUGACGGCAACAUUUCGUCAAAAACGGGCGGACCGAGCGCGCAGCCUGAGUCGUCGUCUGUGACCAUUACGGGUGCCAAGGCAUCCAAAUCGAAAGCAGGAAAGGCAGAAAAGACAAAUAAGACGACAAAAGCCAACAGGGUGCGUACAGUAGCAGAACCAUCAGCCGAUACCCCGAAGCGAAAAGCUGGCCGGCCACAUAGAGCGAGUGCAACUGCAGAUGAGGUGCCACCGCCGACAAAGACUACGAAACCAGCCGAACAUUCAAAGACAAAGAAGCGAGCGAGGACGGAAAAGACAGUAGGAGCGGAAACGACCGCUGUCGAGACAUUGACCUCCAGUCCACAGCAGACGAGAAAGCGUGGUCGAAAACCAAAGCAGCGCGACGAAGACAGCGACAGAACCAGAGACGCUGCUGAGGAGCUAGAACCGGAGCUUGAGCAGCCGUCAGAGCUAGAUCAAGAUCCAGAAGAGAGGGCUGAGGAUGCAGGGCGACGACGCCGCCAGAGUGGUGGUGGACGCGCUCAGCCCCCGAGCCAGCAUUUUGCUCAGCUAGUCCCCCGCACGCGUUACAUACCCCUCGCUACCAUGGCGAACAAGUGGGCGCCGCUCGAGCGCGAAGCCAUUGCCGCCGUACAGUCCCUCCUGGAAGAGUGUGCACGGCCGGUCAUAUCGCGCGUCGGCGCCAACGCCGGCGCCAGCGGAGGUGGUGCAGCCGUGGAGCGGCGCCAGGAGCAAACGCGGCAGGCCAUUGCCAGCGUAACGCGCCGCGUGCGAUCCAAGCUCGUCAAAGGCAUCCCCUUCCCACCAGGCACGGUGCACAUUGUGUCCCGUCGCGGACGCCCCAGCACAAAGCCACUGCCCGACGACGACCGCAAUGGUCUCGCGGCCGACUUCAACUUUGAGCGCGCCGUCGAGGAAGCUCAUGCUCUCGAGCAGCAGCUCAGUCCGCUGCAGCAUGCCGUUGCCUUGCUCGAGCGCGAGCGCAAACACGAAGAAGAGGCACUGGCGGCCGACUAUGCUGCGUUGCGGCAGCUUGAGACCAACGCGCAGGCCGACCUGCGCACGUGGCGCGAUCGAACACGACGGGCGCACGUGCUAGCUCCAGUGGACGUCGGCGACAACAGGUCCCUGAAAGGGGGCAACGACGACAGCCUGCAAUUUGUGGAGCUUGCGAAACGAGCGCCUGCCUUGGGUGGCAACGACCAUGGCAAGGACGAGAAUGAGAAUAACGAAAACGGACAGAGCAGGGACAAGAGUCAAAACGGAGGUCUUUUUGAGCAUCUCGACAAGGACCUAUCUACAGUGGCAGCGCAACUCAGCAACCACAUGGACAGUCUCAAGAGCAACCUUCAGCAGAUCGCUGGCGUCCUGCCCGCCAUGACCCAGACCAAGGCGGCGUUGCAGCACGUUCUUCACCAGCGGCUUGAUCCUGAAAAAUAUGAGCGUAUCAUUCUCGGCCCGUAA